AUGGCAAUGAUAAGAGGGAGUCCUAGUGAUUCAUAUAAGGAGUUGCCGAAGUCUCCAGGAACGGUUACAAAGUUGCACAAAUCAGAAGAUGGAUGCUUUCUUUAUGCAUAUGUUUCGCUAUAUGCAUCUAUCAAGGGCUGGGAGCAUUGCAGACCGAUAAUGGUUGUUGAUGGAAGUUUCCUUAAAGCAGCAUAUAAGGUUGGAAAAAUCCUUCCACUUGCAUAUGCAAUUGUAGAUUCAGAGAAUAACAAAUCUUGGGAGUGGUUCUUUGUCCAGAUAAAGGGUACUUUUGGAGUUAGGGAAGGGAUGUGUAUAGUUUCAGAUAGAAAUGAAAGCAUCUUCAAUGCCACAAAAGCUGUGUACCCAGAAGUACCACAUUGUAUUUGCAUGUUUCACUUGUGGCAGAAUGUAAAGCGCACAUUCAAGAAACAUCACAAACAAUUGAAGGAUAUCUUCUUUGCUUUGGCUAGAGCUUACACGAUAGAGAAGUUUGAGUACCAUAUGAUAGAGAUGUGCAGGAUUGAUCCGAGAGUGCAGCCUUACUUGUUCGAAAUUGGAUACGAAAGGUGGUCUAGGGCAUAUUCCAAAGUGAAAAGGUCGAUGGUAAUGACUUCCAAUAUUGUAGAGUCAAUUAAUGCAGCAAACAAGGAUGCUAGAGAGUUACCAGUAAUGCGAUUGCUGGAGUACAUGACAAAUUUGCUACAACAGUGGAACAAUCAAAAAUAA